UCUUGAACGUAACGUGUUGAUGUUUUGGCCCGCAGUGAUGACGUAGGCAGCACAGUUUUCCCCUUAUGGCUCUGCUCGCAGAAAUCGCACAGAGCGGAGGAGAGGGAAAAUCCUCCGGAGACGACCCGGCGAUCGUGGACUAACGUAACUCCCGAUGUACAUGAGAUAUUUUUCCAGGCUAUUGUCAGCUAUGGCUGGACCAAGGCCUGUGGUGCUGAGCGGCCCGUCGGGAGCAGGGAAGAGCACGCUGCUGAAGAAGCUCAUGAAGGAGUACGACAGCGUGUUUGGCUUCAGCGUCUCCCAUACAACAAGAAAUCCUCGACCCGGAGAAGAGAACGGCAAAGAUUACCAUUACGUCACGCGGGAGGCGAUGCAGGCAGGGAUCGACAACGGGGAGUUCAUCGAGAACGCCGUGUUUUCCGGGAACAUGUACGGGACGAGUAAAGCUGCCGUGCAAGACGUCCAGGCGAAGAACCUCAUCUGUAUACUGGACAUCGACAUGCAGGGCGUGAGGAACAUCAAAACGACAGACCUCAAUCCCAUCUACAUCUCCAUCCAGCCACCGUCCAUGGAAGUCCUGGAAAAACGCCUGAGAGAGAGAAAAACUGAGUCGGAGGAGAACCUUCAGAAGCGCUUAAAUGCAGCCAAGGUGGACAUGCAGUUUAGUAAAGAACCUGGCGUGUUUGAUGCCAUAAUUGUCAAUGAUAACUUGGAGGAGGCUUACGGGCAGUUAAAAAACGCUCUGCUCGAGGAAAUUAAUAAGGUCAAGAAGGUCAACAUGUCUUCGUAGGACACAGCAGCAUCCCGGCAACCCUUUUUUUCCCCAUCCAGCUACUUCUCACCAAAACCACAGACCUCCAUUCCCGUCGUGAACAUUCCCUCAGACGGUGGUCUGUGAACCUCAGACAUCCCUUAGCGGAUAUACAAAUACUUAGGUUUUACAUGGUAUUUAGAGGUAGUUAUUACCAAAUGAUAACAUGCUGUUAAGUGGAACAUUUUUUUUACGUAAACUAAACGCUUUCCAUAUUUUUAUUUUCAUUUGUAUGAAGGAAGGAUACUCCAAUAAUGCUUACUUGAUAUGUGACUGACUGGCGUGGGGUGCAGGAUGUUCUGUCCUCUCACCGAGCUGGAGUAACACAAAUACAACUCACACCAUCAUGUGGAUGAAACUGGUCCUCCAGGGGGUGUAAGGAAAAAAGCAUUUCUGGAUAUGUUCUGGCAGCGAGUUUCGUUACUCAUUACUGUUCACGGUGAGAUGGAUUUACAAGAAGGUGAAAUGUACUCGGGGGAGUUUGUUGUCAAACGUUUCAUUCAGGAGGGAAACCUCGUCUGAAUCUUCAGCACUACAACUAAUUUCUGGAAAACACGGCGACUCGGAGUACAUGCAAAGGCGACUGUGUACAACUAUUCCAGCGCUGGUGGUGGUUGAUGCUUUUCUUUUACAGGUUUUUUUAUUUUUAUUUUUUUGUAAAUUGCAACAGAGUGUGCUAACUCCAUUAAGUUUGGUUUGCUUGAUAUCCAUAAAUACUGUCGUGCUCUAGUAGGAUUUAAAAUUCCAUGUUAGACAUAGAAAACGACGCUUAAAACUGUCACUUUUAAUAAUUAUUUUUUCGGACAGAACAAUCUAACUGUUUAUUUUACAGUUGUAAAUUUGUAUAACUUUUAUAUUGUGUAACUGUAUCAUUUUGCAGCCUCACCUGUACAGCAAAACGACACUCUGGACUAUUUUGAUUCCUAACUAAAGGUGACGUUUUUAACUUGGAGGGAGAAUUAAAAUGCGUGUUUACCUUUUUUUUCCUAUUGCUUAGAAUCAAGCACACAAAUCGUCUUUUACUUGAAAGCUGAAAAUAUUUAUGACCCUCCUGUAACUUGGUGUUUUUUUUCCCUUAACAAUCCAUUUCUUUAAGUUUUGAAGUGUCCACUUACACAGUAAUUAAAUGUUACACCAACUGAGAUGCAUGUAGUUCUCUGUGUUAUUUUACACUUAAACAUCUCUUAUAAUAAUGUGCUUGUUGUUGUGGACAUCAUUAUGUAUUAAAUCUAUUAAACAUCCAGCAGUGA